GUGUUUCAGUUCUUCGCGGCAUAUUCAAUAUUUUGUACAUUUACAGUACUGAAAUCAAGAUGACACAUCUCACCCGGAUUCUUCUUUUUGUCAUUGCAGUUCUGUGUGAGAUAGCACCUACGUGUGGCGGAAAGAGCGAGCUCAAUGAUAUGACAACCACGAAAGAAACGUACGUGCUGACCGAUGCAACUCUGGCCAAGCCUAAUGUCAGCUCCUUGGGAAAGUCCAAUGUGGCCACUGAUUUUCCUGAUGGCGAACUUAAAGAUAUGACAACCACGAAAGAAACAAACGUGCUGACCGAUGCAACUCUGACCAAGCCUAAUGUCAGCUCCUUGGGAAAGUCCAAUGUGGCCAGUGAUUUUCCUGAUGGCGAACUUAACGAUAUGACAACCACGAAAGAAACAAACGUGCUGACCGAUGCAACUCUGGCCAAGCCUAAUGUCAGCUCCUUGGGAAAGUCCAAUGUGGCCAGUGAUUUUCCUGAUGGCGAACUUAACGAUAUGACAACCACGAAAGAAACAAACGUGCUGACCGAUGCAACUCUGGCCAAGCCUAAUGUCAGCUCCUUGGGAAAGUCCAAUGUGGCCAGUGAUUUUCCUGAUGGCGAACUUAACGAUAUGACAACCACGAAAGAAACAAACGUGCUGACCGAUACAACUCUGGCCAAGCCUAAUGUCAGCUCCUUGGGAAAGUCCAAUGUGGCAACUAUUUUUCCUGAUGGCGAACUUAACGAUAUGACAACCACGAAAGAAACAAACGUGCUGACCGAUUCAACUCUGGCCAAGCCUAAUGUCAGCUCCUUGGGAAAGUCCAAUGUGGCCAGUAAUUUUCCUGAUGGCGAACUUGGUGAUAUGACAACCCCGAAUGAAACGUACGUACUGACCAAUGCAACUCUGGUCGAGCAUAACGUCAGCUCCCUGGGAAAGUCCAAUGUGGCCACUGAUUUGCCCGAUAGGUCUAGGGUAUCAACGGCUACGGCGCAUCUCCUGGUAUUGAAGCAGGGGUGUGGAAACUGGACAGUUUUCCCUGACAACGACAGACUGUAUCUGUGGCAUGGGGGGAAGGCCACGGUUAAAACGGUCGCCGCCAAUGGAACAGUGCAACAGGAAUGUUUGGGCAAUCCUUUAAAUGAUGCCGACUGCUCAUACGCCGUUGGCGUCCCAGCUGGAAGGUACAACAGCGUCUGUCCAGAGGAGCCCGGUGUCUUCACAUGCAUUGUCAUCGGAGCAUCGGUCCAAAACGGCGAAGACAUAUCCGACAACGACAUGCCGAACGCGAAUCUUCAGCAUGAAGACAUAGCGAGAACGUAGGAGUGUAACUGGCUCAAAUAAUAUCCACCGUGUAGUCAUUGGUGAAUAAACACGCACAUGGAAGAACAAA